AGUUGAAAAACAUUGAAAUUGAAUAAAAAAUCGAGUCAAAUUUAAUUUGUUUAACAAAAAAAAACCUGUCGAAAUGAGGAGAGGAAUAGGCGUCGGUGCCAUAAGGAAGGAACGACUGACACAGGAAAGGUACAGAGGCAAAGGCAACGAAAUACAAGAAAACCAAUUCGAGCAAAUGACCAAGCAAAUGGAAGUAUUCAAAACGAACCUAGAAGAGUUCGCUACGAAAUACAAAAACGAAAUUAGAAAGAAUCCGGAAUUUAGGAAACAGUUUCAAGAAAUGUGCUCCAGUAUAGGCGUCGAUCCUCUGUCGUCGGGUAAAGGAUUUUGGUCGGUGUUGGGCAUAGGCGAUUUUUACUACGAACUAGCCGUACAAAUCGUGGAAGUGUGCUUAGCGACAACUGCCAAAAACGGGGGGCUAAUCAGCUUGGACGAGUUACGAACGAAGCUCAUAAAAGCCAGAGGGCAAAGCAAAACCCAUCAAGAUAUCAGCAAAGACGAUUUAAUCAGGGCAGCGAAAAAACUGAGGAUUUUCGGAAGCGGUUUCAACGUGAUCCCGAUGGGUAGAGACAGGUACAUGGUGCAAUCGGUACCCGGCGAAUUGAGCAUGGAUCACUCGACGAUUUUACAACUAGCCGAAAAAAAUUCUGCACACGUAUCGAAUUCACAGGCAUGCAAGGAACUCAAUUGGGAGGAAGAAAGAGGCAAAAAAGCUUUGGAGCACAUGGUAAAUCAAGGAUUGGCUUGGAUCGAUUCUCAGCAUCCACAGGAGAUCCAGUAUUACUUUCCUAGUCUUUACACUGCUUGUAUUAACUCAAAUGCGUAGUCAUAUUACUACCUGCCUACUUAAUGCAAAUUUCUUCAAUUACUCAACGAAAUUGAAAUAUAUUUUUAUGUUUACAAUGUAAUAUAAAU